CCUGUAUACGAUUUGGUCCGUGAGGAUCUUCGUUAAGCUGGCCAUGUGCUUCGAUACUCAAGUUUUGAGUCUCAUAAGGGUUCUCUUCCCCGCAAAUCUCCACUCGGUCUUCGGCUCUGGGGUAGUUCUUAUUUCACAGCCCUUGUGCAACUGUCCUAUCGUAAGGUUUCGUAAAAAGCACAUCUUGAAACCUCUGCCUGUAAAGAAAAGUGCAUCCGAACAUCGACUUUGAUCCUAUCUCGACAACUCACUAUGAUGGAAAAGAAUGAGCGACCAGUGUCGGAAGAGGAGGUGUACACUGCACCGCGGAAAGGGGGUGUCAUGAACAAACUUUACCCUCCUGGACCAAAGCCAGGUGCUGGCGGGCGGGUCAAGAACCAUUGCAGGAAGUUCUGGUGGUGUGACUGCUGUGUCCUUAUCGUCAUAGUCUUGGUCGUUGUUCUGCCACUCAUCUUCGUUGGCCUUCCAAGGAAAGCACAGAAGGAGAUCAACUCGUCUACACUAGAGGUGACAAACAUGGAAGUUACAAACCCGACCCCAGAUAGCAUCCACUUGAAGAUCGACAACACCAUCAGAAGUGACAGCAGCUACCACCCCAGGAUUGAGGCCUUCCGUGCUGGUCUGUCUCUCGAAGGCCAGGACCCCUUUAUCUACAUCGACAUCCCUGAAGCAAAGUCUGAAGGAGAGACAUUCAUCACCGUCGAUCAGGACGUGACUUUCGAAUCUUCUGAAGGUUUCACUGCAUACACCAAAGCUGUCCUUGGCAGCGAAGAGCUCACCAUUGACCUCAACGGCAAAACUACAAUCCACAUCUCCGGCCUCCCGAAGACAGACGUCGACUACAACAAGAAGAUCACCAUGAAGGGUCUGAACCACCUCUCCGGCCUCAACAUCAGCGACAUCCGAAUCCUCUCCGGCGUCAAGCAAAUCCUGCCCGACGGCUCCAACAUGGUCGGCACAGUGAACAUCCCCAACCCGUCCGUCAUGACCCUCGACCUGGGCAACGUGACCAUGAACCUCGCCGUCGCCGGAACCUCGAUCGGCUACUGCCUGCUGCCCGACCUGGUGCUGCGCCCCGGCGAGAACAGCGUGCCGAUGCAGGCGCACGUCGAUCAGCCCGCUAUUCUGACCAUGGUGCUGAGCACGUACAAGAACGGCGUCCUGCCGCUGGAGAUUGUGGGCAACAGCAGUGUGAGGAAUGGAGAGCAUCUGACGUACUAUGAGGAGGCGAUCAAGGCGAAUACUAUCAAGCUGGACCUGGAUGCUGCGCCGGCGCUGAAGGCGAUUGGUAUUAAUGUCACUACCCCUGCAUAGAUGCAAGGUAGUAGACUGCUGAUUGCAGAGUCUCAAAGGCGGGUUAAUGACAUGCUGCCAGAGCUGUAGAUGAUAACUGCAAAGUGGUCCGACUGGUGCUGGCCCAAAGAUAGUCGUAAUGAAUUGCUCUUGUUAUUUUAUAUGCAUAGAACACAUCUACUUAUGACAUGAGUUUGUUUUCUAUGCCUUAGCAUUGUCCGUUAGCUACUCAAGCCGUUUACUCUGCUGCCGCGGCGCUGCUUCUAGCUGUUCUGGAAGCUUG